AUGGUUGGUGGCACACAUUUGAAGGGGAAGUUCAGAGGAGUGCUACUAAUAGGUGUCGCCAUGGACGGGAAUAAUCAAAUAUAUCCACUUGCAUUCGCGAUUGUAGACAACGAAAGCAAUGCAUCGUGGAAGUGGUUUAUGAAGAACUUGAACGACAUGAUCAGAGACCCACCAGAACUUGUAUUCAUAUCUGAUCGACAUGUAAGUAUCACCAAUACAACAAGUGAGAUAUUCCCGGACGCAUUCCAUGCUAUAUGCACUUAUCACCUAGGGAAUAACAUAAAGACUCGAUUCAAGAAUGCUGCAUUUUACAAAUUGUAUCAGGAUGCAGCGUAUGCGUAUCGGAAGUCACAGUUCACGUACUACUGGAACCAGAUACUAUCGGUUGGAUCGGGUUCACUUGCUAAAUACUUACAAGAAAUUGGGAUAGAACGGUGGGCUCGAUGCUACCAAGUUGGUAGAAGAUAUGAAAACAUGACGACAAACAGCGCUGAGUCUGUAAAUGCCCUCCUUCGAGAGGCUAGAGAGUUACCUAUCACUAAGAUUGUCGAGUUCAUCCACGACUUGCUACAAAGAUGGUUCCACGAAAGAAGGACUCACUGGUCCACCCAAAACACCUCUCAUUCAGACUAUGCAGAAGAGCGACUUGCACUACAGUUUGAGAAGUCUCGUCGCUACACAGUCAAACCAGUCGACUGGUGCAUGUUUCAUGUUGAGGACGAUGGCUUGGACAGGACGGUUGAUUUGAAUGCCCGUACAUGUACAUGCAUGGAGUUCCAGUACAUGGGCAUUCCAUGUUCGCACGCAAUUGCAGCAGCGAGGCACAAGAAUAUAAAUUGCCACACGUUGAUCGAUCCAUGCUACAAUGUGGACUCCCUAAUUGGUGCCUAUGCCGAACCAAUCUUACCGGUAGGCCACAUGUCGGAAUGGAAAAGGCCAGCUGAUUACCAGCCUAUUCCCGUCCAACCACCAGGACUUGUUAAACGUGCAGGUCGGUGUAGAACGCAACGGAUCGCCUCAACCGGUGAGCGUCGUGUUGUCAACAAGUGUUCUCGAUGCGGUACAUCGGGUCACAAUAGACAGACAUGUACUAACCCAAUUACGAUGGCACGGACAUCUGCAUGCAUAUAUGUGGGGGACAGUGUAAGUCAAUCAGAUAGGGCAGUUCCUCUAUGA